AUGGAUAAAGAAGAAAGUAUGGAUGGGGAAGAAGUUUCGGAUGGAGAAGAAUGUACUAAGUAUGGAGAAGAAAUGAAGGAAGAAGAAGAAGCAAAAAAAGUUAAGGAGGAUGGAGCAGAAGUUAGGGAAGGAGAAAAGGUUAAGAAUGAAGAACAAGUUAGGGAAGGAGAAGAAGUUAAGGAUGGAGAAAUAGUUUGGGAUGGGGAAGAAGUGAAGGAAGGAGAAGAGGUUAAGGAAGAAGAAGAAGAAGUUUUGGAUGGAGAAGAAGUUAAGGGUAAAGAAGAAAGUUUGGAUGGGGAAGAAGUUUGGGAUGGAGAAGAAGUUAAGGAGGGAGAUAUGAACAUGGAUGGAGAAGAAGUUAAGGAAGGAGAAGAAAUUAGGAAUGAUGAGGAAGAAAGUAAGGAUGGAGAAGAACCAAGUUAUGGACGGAGAAGAUGUUAA